UACUGUUUCGGAUUAAAUAAUUCAGCUGGUCACGAUCAUAGCCGUGCCAAUAUUUUUUCACUAGUUAAAAGAAGUCGUGGUCAUUGGCAUCUUGCAACGAAGUUCCUCUCCUCUUUUAUCAUUUUUAUAUUCUGAUAGGAUUUUCGGGCUCUGUAGGUGGACAAGAUCACAACACUAGUUGUUGGUUGCUUCACAUUGUUCUGCUAAUAAUGGUCUCUCCGGAUAUUUCUUGAAGGGGAUGUUGAUUACAGGCGUUUCAAAGGACAGGCGUUUCAAAGGGCAAAAUUGAACAGAACUCAAUGAAAUUCUCACAGACAUUGUUGUGGACCUUGGUGGGAUUUGUGUUGUUGCUGCAGAUUUGUUGGGUAUCUUGCUGUAAAGAAAAGGAGAAAAUUUCCCUCUUGGAUUUCAAGCGAGGUCUUCACGACCCGUCCGGUCGACUGAAGACAUGGAAUAAUUCCACCGACUGUUGCCAGUGGAAUGGAAUCAAAUGUGAUGAUAUAACAAAGCACGUCAUUUGGUUGGAUCUCCACAAUCCUCGUGGCUACAAUCCACCAGGGGCUUUGCAAAAUUCAACCGAUGCUGGUUAUUCCAAGAUGUAUCUCACCUCAUUUUCUGUUGCGAGUAAUAAAGAUAAAGAAGACGUUCUUUCCCCAUUGUUUAAUCUAACAAUGUUAGAACGCUUGGAUCUGAGCUACAACGCCUUCAGUGGUGUUGGUGUGCCUCAGCAACUUGACACGCUUAAAAAUUUGCAGUAUUUGAACUUGUCAAAUGCUGGAUUUGUGGGAAUGAUACCGAGGAAGUUGGGCAACAUGUCCGCCUUGCGCUCCUUGGAUCUUUCCACUAAUUCCUACAUUUCCUAUUCCUCCAUCACAAUUGAAGACAUGCAGAUGUGGAUAGGAAACAUGAGGGAUUUAGAGGAGCUACUGCUGGACGGGGUGAAUAUGAUGCAAGUGGCAAGUGAUGAAUGGGACAAAGCUAUCUCCACCAUGCACGGUCUCAGGCGUCUUCAAAUGUCCAAUUGUAAGCUGUCUGGACCAAUUCCCCCUUCCCUUGCAAAUCUUACCCGUCUAACCCACCUCCAUCUUGAUGGUAAUUCCUUCUUCUCGUCUAUACCUUCUCACUUUCAGAAUCUUUCCAAUCUUGUUUCUCUAAAGCUUAGCAAGUGUAAACUCAAUGGCUCCAUCCCCUCUGAUCUGUUGAGCCUACCAAAUCUGCAAGAAGUUGACUUGUCUACAAAUCCGGACUUGGGAGGGAACCUUUCAAGCAUUCUGCCGCGACACUCUGCCUCGCUUAACAGCCUUGUUCUUUCUACAACCAGUGUAGAAGGAGCUAUUCCAGAUUCAAUUGCCAAUAUCUCUUCGUUAACUCUCUUGGAUCUCUCGGACUGCAUUGUCCAAGGUCAGCUUCCUCCCACCAUUGCUAAUCUUACAGGACUUGUAAUGUUGGACAUCUCAAGGAACCAAUUAAGAGGGAGUAUACCGUCGUUUGAGGCUAAGCCUCAUUUAGGAAUUUCAUUUCCUUUAACCCAUAUCGAUCUUUCAUACAAUCAGUUGGAUAGCUACAUUCCCUCCAUGUUGUUCGGUGCAUUUAGGAAGCUCCGCUAUGUUGACUUGAGUCAGAACCGAUUGACCGGUGCCAUUCCAUCCCCUGAUAUGAAUCUUACCUCCCUCACACACCUUGAUCUGAGCUACAAUGAACUGCACGGUACAAUUUCCUCCUUGGCCAACAUAAAGUCCCUUGUUCUGCUUGAUCUGAGUAAUAACAACUUGAGUGGCAAAAUCCCGCCUUCAGUAGGUCAACUCCUUUCCAUUGAGACGCUUGAUCUAAGCAACAACGUGUUAACAGAUGCCAUACCUCACAACAUUUCAAAUCUAUCUCAACUGAAGGUUCUUUCCCUAUCUUCCAAUCGGUUAAGCGGAAACCUUUCAGAGUACCACCUUCACAAUCUAUCCAGUCUGGUAUAUCUGGACAUUUCGAACAAUGUGUUGACUGUGAAACUCAGUCCGACUUGGAUUCCCCAUAACUCGUUUAGAACAUUGAAAUUAAGUUCAUGUAACAUGGAGGGUCAGUUGCCGGCCUUCUUAACAACUCAAUACGACAUUUCCGAUUUGGAUUUGUCCGAAAACAGAUUAUGGGGCAAUAUUCCUGCGUGGAUAUGGGAGUCUCUUCCUCUUAUACAACUCAAUCUGUCUCACAACUUCUUUUCAGGUGCUUUACCUUCUAAGGUACUAGAGCCCAAAACUUUGAAGGUUCUGGACUUGCAUCACAACAACUUUCAUGAUCGGCUUCCGCUUCCUCCUCCUUCAGUGGUUGUGUUGGACCUGUCAGAAAAUCAAUUUUGUGCCUCCAUUCCACCUGAAAUUGGCCAGUAUAAAUUCAGCUACUUGUCUCUGUCUCACAACAAUCUCAAUGGUAGCAUUCCACCUACAAUAUGUGAAGGGUUGUAUAUGCAGAUUCUGGAUUUGUCAAAUAAUGGACUCACGGGUAAGAUUCCUGUAGGUUUUAUAAACUGCAGUUAUCUUGAGGUAUUGAAUUUGAAUGGAAAUUUUUUAGAAGGUGAGUUGCCAGCGCAAUUAGGAAACAUGAUUUCGCUUCGAACACUGAAAAUCAGAGGAAAUCGACUGAAUGGGACUCUACCAAUACUUGAAAAUUGUAAACAGUUGCAGAUAUUGGAUUUGGGGGAGAACAGACUGACAGGGAAUAUUUCUGCAGAUUGGGUUCUAGAGCUUCCUAAUCUUAAGAUUUUGAUCUUAAGAUCAAACAGAUUUGAAGGACCUGUACCUGCUGAUGUAAGCAAAAUACCGUAUCUUCAAAUAUUAGACCUUUCAAGGAACAGAUUUUCAGGAGUAAUUCCCGAAAGCAUUUCAGAGAUGAAGGGAAUGGCAAAGGAAUCAGAAAAUAUAGAAGCCUUUGAGUAUGGAUCAAUAAAUCGUACAACCUAUGUAGAGAAAAUAAUCAUCAGAAACAAAGGAUUGGACAUGGAAUAUGUGAGAAUUUUGAGAUUAGUAAAGUGUCUUGACCUGUCAAACAAUAUAAUAGCUGGUCAAAUCCCUGAAGGCAUGGGAUCUCUUUUUGGUUUGAUCAUUCUUAAUAUUUCGAGAAACCAAAUUAGUGGUGUUAUACCCAAGUCCUUGGGGAAGAUGGUACUGUUACAAUCACUUGAUCUCUCGCAUAACCAAUUGUCUGGAUAUAUUCCUAUUGAGUUGCAACUUCUCACAUUCUUGAGUUACUUGAAUCUGUCUAACAAUAAUCUUACAGGAAUGAUACCGCAAGGGGGGCAGUUAAUGACAUUUGAAGCUUCAUCCUUCCUAAAUAAUUCAAAUCUAUGCGGACUCCAACUGUACAAGCCCUGCUUGUCUUCGCCAAAGCAUGAAAGCAAGCCUGAGGGAAAAGAAGGGGUGAAUAAAAGGAGGGGAAGGGAGGGAAUUGACAGUUUCAUUGUGUUGAUGGGGAUGAGCUUUGGAAUGGGCGUGGGCAUAAUUGUAGCUCCCUUGUUGUUUCUGAAGAAACGCAGGGAAAAGUUCUUCCAUUUGUUAGACAGUAUAUUGAUUUGGGUUUUUGACAUGAUUCACUGUGACAAGUUGCAGACGGUGAAAAUUUCAGACGACGAAGACCAAGAGCUUUCCGAAGAAAGCAAGAAAUUAAUACGCUUUUGCGUACGUUGUACUCAAAUUGACAGAGAUUCUAACACUAUAGUUGAUACUGAAUGUAUAUGUUCACAAAAAUAUUAAUUAUCUUUCCGUCUAUAGAAAGAGCUCAAGAUGUAAAGGUUUAUGGUGAAAAAAAAUUAGUUAAUUAAAUGUAUUGUUACGCCUAUA